AUGUCAUCCACUCCGACUUUAUUUGAUAAUCAAUUUUUACAAGAAUAUUUCAAUCUAAGUCAUCUACGCGUUAUACCAUGGAUACGCGAUCCCAAUGGUCUACACCAUCCAUUCGUAUUCGAAUUCGAAUUGAAAUUCUUCGAUAGAACCUAUGCUCAUAAUAUCUAUGCAUGGAUGAAUCAAUGGUGGUGGUUAAGUAUUGUUUAUUCAAUAAUUUAUGUUAUAUUAAUUUAUUAUGGCCGUUCAUUGAUGGAAUCUCGUGAACGUUUUCAACUUCGUCUACCAUUGAUCUUAUGGAAUUUAGGUUUAGCUAUAUUUAGUAUAUUUGGUAUGGCUCGUUGUUUACCAGAGAUGGUUUAUAGUCUAAGUCGAGAAGGUUUACAAUAUACAAUUUGUGACCGAAGCAAUAUUUACGGUAUAACUGGCUACUGGAUAACAAUCUUUUGCAUAUCGAAGGUUCCUGAAUUGAUCGAUACAUUAUUCAUUGUGUUAAGAAAACAAAAAUUAAUCUUCCUUCAUUGGUUUCACCAUGCUACCGUCUUAGUUUAUGCAUGGUAUAGUUAUCAUGAUUGGACCGCUAGUGGACGUUGGUUUGUAUUCAUGAAUUACACCGUUCAUGCAAUGAUGUAUUCCUAUUAUGCAGCUCGCGCUAUGCAAUACCGGAUCCCAAAAUGGGUUCAAAUAACAGUAACUAUUUUUCAAUUAUCACAAAUGGUUGUUGGUUGUUUUGUUAAUUAUAAAGCAUAUAUCUAUAAAGAAGCUGGUGCAACAUGUAAAGUCGCGUAUUCGAAUAUAUUUUGGUCAUUUGUUAUAAAUCAAACAGUGUUAAAACAGGUGCACAGAAAAAGGACGAUUAAGGUCAUCGAUGAUCAAUUUCUCUUUCUUUUCGUAUUUCUUAUCAUUUUAUCACUUAUUUAG